GCGCGCGGUGCGGAGGGAGGGCCAGCGAGGCAGGAAUGCGCGGCGCAGGAGGCAGCGGCCGGACAAGUAAGGGCAAGUCCCCGGAGCUGCCGCCCAGCGCGCAGACGGAACCCAGGCGAGCCAGCGAACAGGCAGGGCCGCGAGCAAGGCUGGGCACACGGGGCAAAGGCGGCAGGCCGCUGCGGCCGAAGCGGGCGCGGGGUGACCAGGCGGACGCCGGGGCGCGCGCACCAGCGGUCGGGGGCACGGGUAGGCAGAGCGCACCGCGCGCGCGCGGCCCGCAGCGGCGGCGUCCCCGGGCCCGGGCCCCGGCCCCAUGACGGCGGCGGCGGCGGUGCUGAAGGAGGGCGUGCUGGAGAAGCGCAGCGGCGGUCUGCUGCAGCAGUGGAAGCGGAAACGUUGCGUGCUCACCGAACACGGGCUGCAGCUCUUCGAGGUGAAGGGCACGGGCGGCCGGCCCAAGGAGCUCAGCUUCGCGCGCAUCAAGGCCGUGGAGUGCGUGGAGAGCACGGGGCGCCACAUCUACUUCACGCUGGUGACCGAGGGUGGCGGCGAGAUCGACUUCCGCUGCCCCCUCGAAGACCCCGGCUGGAAUGCUCAGAUCACCCUGGGCCUGGUGAAGUUCAAGAACCAGCAAGCCAUCCAGACAGUGCGGGCCCGGCAGAGCCUGGGGGCCGGCACCCUCGUGUCCUGAAGGGCCAGGCGCAUCACCUCACCUCCCUACUCCCCACCCAGGCGGCGACCGGGGGCUCGUCCGCGUCCCGGCCCGCCGCGGCCCUCGGGGGCUGACCCGGCUCCGACCGGGCUCCACCUGGUGAGGCAGCGUCACCGUCUCUCGCAGGAGGCUUUGGAGCCGAAGACCCGGACACCCCGGGGCAGCAGGGCGGAAGGCCCCUCGGGGCUGAGGAUGAAGAUUCGGCCCCUGGACCCUCUCUGCCUCGGAAGACGUCCCCGGCUAAGGGCCUCCCAGCCACAGGCCUGACUGAUGGACCCCACGGAGACCCGGGAGGAAGCCCCCGGCCCCGGGGCCCUGCUCCGCGCCCUGCAGACUGCUGCUGCCCCCCCGCCCGCUGCCGCACUGGAGCCUCAGGACACAGGGGCCGCUUGGGACCGAGUGGGGCGGGGGACACUGACGGGCCUGAGGCCCGCCCCGGGGGUCUCCUGCUGCUGAGGUCCCUCUGGGACCCCCGCCCCUCCGGGCCCUCUCUUUGCACACUCCCCCCCUCACCCUUCUGCCCCCACUGGGGGGCUAGGCCUGGAGGUGGCCGGGUGGGGUGGGGGCUCGGCCGCUACCAUUUCACGCCUCUCCCCCAAUGAAGACGCCCGCGGGGGCGGGGGCCGCACUGCCUGCUUGCUGCUCAGACUGGAGUUCUUCCGCCUCGCCGACCCCACGCGCCGCGCGCCCCAACGGGAUGCGAACCCCGUCCUGAAACCCCCGGCCUGGGUCGGGGCGGGCAGCGUGACCCCGGGAGACACGGCCUCGGAGGUCCUAGGGAGGGGCGACCACGGGGCCUGGACUGGCGGAUGUUUCACAGGCUCCGCCGCCGCCGCUGCCUCUCCCGGAGCAGGGUGGCCGCCCCUGCGGCCCCGGGCAGCGGCCCGGCCUCUGGGCAGAGCGCUCCCCCGGGUGUGCAGACCCAGGCCUGAGACCCUCACACAGCGGCUGCACCUCUGGGUGGCCCCCAAAGAGAGCCUUUGCUCUUGCAUUCCAACCACACACACUCAUUGGGGAUUCGGGCCCCAAGUAGGUCCCCGGGCCCUCUGGAAGAGGGGAGUGUCGGUGGGCAGGCCGGGUCCAGGUGCUCGGCCAGCACACGCACUGCCUCGUGGGCAGGCCCCGGGCGGAGCCCUGCCCUGCGGAGCCACGUUCAGUGGGGACCUGAAGUGCCAGUAGGUGUCAUAGGGCCGGCCAUGGGCAGCCAGGGAGCGCCGGGCCCAGCCAGUGCCCUGCCCGUGCCGGCCUCAGCCGCUCUCUGAGGGGGCCUUCUGAAAGCCGGCGGUGCAGGGCGGCGGAGGGCUCGGCCCACCGGGUGUCAGGGGCCCGCACAGCAGAGCGGAGGCAGCCUGGGGUUCCGGGGCUCCCUGCCUCCUGAGGAGGACACCCAGCCCUGUUGGCCCUGAGCGUGCGCUGGCUCCUUCCGAACCAGCUUCAGUCUCUCCCCGAGCCCAGGGGGUCCCAGCCCUGGGGGGGGCGCAGAGGGGGGGGUGUACUGCUCUUGGGUCCCUCGACAGCGGCGGCGGCUGUGAUGGGGACGGUUGGUUAGCAUUUGUAAGAGUCCGUGGCUUCCCGAGACCUGUGGGCACGGAGACGGGGCUCCCAGGCCACGCGUGUGCUCCCUGUGGGGAGCAUGUGCUGCCGUGCCAGGGACGGGCACGGCCUGCUUCCUGGGUUCCGGGGUGCCCCCCGCCCCCGUUCUGGCAACUCCGAACUCUGGAGGAGGAGCGUCGGCCUCAGGAACGCUGGGCCGGACCGCAGGGCGAGGUCAAGGCCUCGGCAAGGGCACAGACAGGCCCAGCGGUGCCGGCGGCCGAGCGCGAGAUGGAAAACUUUGCUCAGUCGGGCCUGCAGACGCCGGGCGGCCAGGGCGGGGCCGUGGCCACCGUCUCUGCCCCGGCCCGGGCAGCCCUGCCGCCUCUCCCCUGCCCGCCGCCGCGGCUGCGUGAGUCAUCCGCGGACAAAGAGACGGCGAGUCCCAGCCGGCCCCCGGGGAGUCUGAGGGGCUGGGGGUGGGGAGCCCCGCGGGUGGAGGGCAGCUU